AUGGCUCCGAAAGGAUCUGAAAAGUCUACUUCGUGUGCAAUGAAGAAGUUGAAGGGCAAGAGAUCUAAGAUCUUGGUUUUAUCGAGAGAUGUGGGUACCAAUGAAUUGAAGCCAACGAAAGGAAGAGCACAUCGAGCCUGCGUAGCUUGCAGAAAGAGAAAAGUACGGUGUAGUGGACAGACGCCAUGUAGGCUUUGCCAGACUAAUAGUUUUGAAUGCAAAUACGAUCGACCCCCACGAAGCUCAUCGAUUUUUGAUAGGGAAGUGAGCGACGAUAGCUCCCUGUUUCCACAGGCAACUCCUCAUCAAGAGGAUGGAGAUAGCAAGAGCCCUACAAGUACCAUUGAUUACAGAAAGAUUGUGGAGGCGAUCUUUCCACCCGAAGCACUUCAUCAAAUAGUCGCUUCUCCUUCUUUUAGCAAUCAAAAGUUUUUGGACACCAUUAAAACGUAUCUGCUUCAAGGACAAUUAAAUGUUAACCAUGUAAUACGCCAGAGUUUACCAAAAGAUGCAUCCUGGCACAUGCAAACAAGCGUUCCGCUACCUCCUAGAGAUAUUGCCUUGAAAUUUAUUCAAAAGACUUGGGAUUGCGCCUGUGUGCUAUUUCGAUUCUACCACCGACCUACUAUCAUUUCUAUUCUGGACUCGAUAUACGAAGCAGAAAAACAUGGUAAGCAAUAUACUCCAGAACAGGUAAAAACACAACCUUUGAUUUAUUCGGUUUUAGCAGUUGGAGCUCUUUUUUCCAAGGAAGACCUGAGUAAGGAUAGCAAAGCAACUAGGGAAUUUUACACUGAUGAAGGCUAUAGAUACUUUUUAGAGGCCAAAAAAUCUUUGGACUUCUCCAACAUUACUGACAUAUAUUCCAUUCAAGCCAUAUUUAUGAUGACAAUUUUUUUGCAAUGUUCAGCAAACUUGAAGGCUUGCUACUCGUUCAUUGGUAUUGCUCUCCGUGCUGCAUUAAAGGAAGGUUUGCACAGGAAGUCUUCUAUAGUCGGUCCUACUCCGAUUCAGGAUGAAACGAAAAAAAGGCUCUUUUGGUCUGUGUACAAACUAGAUUUGUACAUGAAUUGUAUUCUUGGUUUUCCGAGCGGUAUUGAUGAAUCUGAUAUCGAUCAAGAGUUUCCUCUAGAUGUUGAUGAUGAAAAUAUAUCUACUGUGGGGAUAAAGUUUCAAGAUUGGAGGACAAUAAGUUCUUGUGGAAUGAAUAAUAAGCAUACAAAGCUUAUUUUAAUCAUGUCUCGGAUUUACAAACUAAUGUACUCUUUGAGAAGAAAACCAUUAGAAGAGGAUUCUAGGGCACAGAUUAUAUCACUGAAUGACCAACUAGAUAAUUGGUACGCCCAGCUACCAGAUAUUUUAAAGGUUGACACAAUACGCUACCGUCAGCCACAGCCGGCGCUGACCAUUUGUGCGAAUGAUAGCAAUUCUCCAUACACCAAACCCAAAAAAUUAUUAUAUCUGGACUUUCUUUUAUCCAAAAUCGUACUCUAUAAACCAUUUUACCACUAUAUAUCUAUAGACCCAUUAGAUAUCCCAGAAUUCCAAUUCCAAAUUCAUAUGGCUGAAAACUGUAUUGAAGUAGCCAAAAAAGUGAUCCAGUUAUCUUAUGACAUGAUUAUGCAAAACCUCUUAAGUGGUAGCUACUGGUUUUCCAUUCAUACAAUCUUUUUUAGUGUUGCGUGCCUCAAAUUUUAUGUCUAUCAAACAGAAAAGGGACUGAUACGAAAUGGGAAAAUUGAUUCAGACAUAUAUAACGCAACUCAGCUGGGCAGUGAGAUUUUAUCACUUUUGAAGGGUGCUUCAAACGCAAGUAAACGUACUUUUGAAGUUUUGAACCAAUUAUUUAAAGAGUUCAAUGAAAAGACGUCAGUAUUAUCUGAACAACUUUUAAACAUAGUCAAAUUACAACGACAAGAAAGUAGCGGGGCUUUAAUACCCCAAUUACAAUCAAACAAUAACUUUACAAAGUGCCAAAGAGAAUUACAACAUGGGCAGCGGCAACACCAAACUCCAGCGACGAGUCUUCGUUCCAUUUUAAAUCUUCCACAAGGGGAAGCUGAUCUAAACCUUCAGAAUUCCAAUAAUGAAAGCCAUACGGCGACAGCUGCACAAGAGGAGUACUUGGAUAAGCUUCUAUCAGAAUUUGAAGAGUUUGACUACUCAAUUAAUAGGGUACUGCCUGAUGUCAUCGAUUUUUCUGCGUUGAUUGGCCAAGAUUCUUCUGCCAAUAAUCAAACAUUUUCCUCAGAGUAUAGCUCUGAUCCAACUGUGGAUUGA